CAGAGACUUCAACUUCAAGGAGGGCAGAAGAAACCUGGCGCAGCGCUCUGAUCGAAUCCCCGUCUAUAUCUGAUUCAUUGGCACGAUCAAUCCUGAUUGCUGAUACCUUCACACCUGUUAGUGCCUGACUCUUGAGUAGACGUCUUACGCAGCCUCUCGCUGGUGCUAUUGUCAAAUUCAUCUCAGAAACGCGGUCCGCUGGGGUGCAGAUCUGCGUCUGUGGGGCUGGCAUAAUGCACCUCAUCAGAGCUUCGCUUGCAGCGCUUGCGUGUUUGCUGCUUCUCGCAAAUGAGGUUUAUGCAGGGCGGAAUUACUAUGACACCCUACAAGUUUCGAAGCACGCAUCCGAUGCCCAGAUCAAGAGCGCCUAUCGAAAACUAGCCCUCAAGUACCAUCCCGACAAGAACCCAACCGAAGAAGCACACAAAAAGUUCCAGGAAAUUGGGCACGCUUAUGAGGUGCUUGCGGACAAGGAGAAAAAGCAGAUCUAUGACAAGUAUGGAGAGGAGGGCUUGAAGCAGCAUGGGCAGGGUGGUGGAGGAGGUGGCGGGUUUCCAAAUGACAUCUUCUCACAAUUCUUUGGCGGGGGCUUUGGCUUUGGCGGCCAGGAGGAUGAGGAGGAGAAGAUUCCGAAGGGCGACACAGUGGUGGUGCAUUUGCAGGCCACGCUGGAGGAUCUGUACAUGGGCAGCUCGUACAAGGUGUACCGCGAGAAGGCGGUGUACAAGCCCGCACCCGGCAAGCGCAAGUGCAACUGCAAGUCCAAGGUCAUCACCAAGCAGAUCGGGCCGGGCAUGUUCCAGCAGUUCCCCCAACAGACCUGCGAGGAGUGUCCAAACGUGAAGCUGGACCGGGAAGGAGAGUACAUCAAUGUGGACGUGGAGAAGGGAAUGAAGGAAGGACAGGAGAUUGUCUUCUUCGAAGAAGGCGAGCCGAUCAUGGAUGGCGAGGCAGGGGACCUCAAGUUUUUGAUUAAAACUCGACCGCACAAGACGUUCCGACGAGAAGGAGACGACCUCCAUAUGCAGGUCACAAUUUCUCUGGUUGAUGCCUUGGUUGGGUUUGAGAAGGACAUCACCCAUUUGGACGGGCAUAAAGUGGCUGUUGGGUUCAAGGGAGUUACGAAGCCUGGAGAAGUCCGGAAGGUUAAAGAAGAGGGGAUGCCUGCUUACGAAAGCAACAGAAAGGGGGACCUUUAUGUGACCUUUACAGUCGCCUUCCCGCCCUCACUAACAGACGCUCAGAAAAAGGUGAUCCGAGACAAUUUUACGCAUUGAAAGUAGGAGAAACAACGCUCUGAGUUGCGGUUGUUGAUCUCACGGAUACUUAUUCUUUGCUGAUCAGCUGGUGUAGACCUCUCUGAGGUUCAACCAGCAUUAAGAGAUCACCAUAGGUUCACUGAGAGCAUAUCAUCUGAGCGGAAAUCUCAACGAUGCACCUUAAGGCUGAUUCGCAUCCGGAGAUUGAGAAUCUUCUAUACCCUCUAAAAGUCAU